AUGACGGCAAUCACCAGCGGCCGCAAGGUCACCUUCCCAGAAACCCAGAACUUGCACACCUUCCUCUUCAGCAACCCUUUCCAACACUACCCCAAUCACUUUGCCGACAAGUAUCCCAACCACACGUUUGACGGCACCGCCAUCCCCGAACAGCGCCCCAUCCUGGUUCAUGAUGGCUCGGGCGCUCAGCUCAGUUGGGCAAGACUUCGAGCUGAUAGCUUGCGUCUUGCGCGUUCCCUCCAAGUGCUCACGGGCGCGCCGCCUGCGUUUGUCUCGGACCCCAAGCGCCCCCGCGAGCCGAUCCAUGCACCUCGAACGACUGUUCUGUUACACAUCCCCAAUGGUAUGGUCUGGCCUCUGGUGGCUCUAGGUACCGUGGCAGCCAACUUGACCGUCUGCCCCAUCUCGACCUAUCUCAGCCCACGCGAGCUGGCCUACAUCCUCGGCAAAGCUCGUCCCCAGGUUCUCUUCACCACGGUGGGCGCAGAGGGAGAAAUCCCGCUUCGCAAAGCGCUUGAGAUUCUCCUCGAAUCGCCUCCCACCGACAACGGACAGGUUAAGGGGACAGAAAUCCAAGCUUGGGCUCGUCAGCUGGCUGCCGACUGGGAUCAAGCCAAAGCAGCAAGACUGGAAAAGGGCGAUCAAAUCCCUUUCCUUCGACGUAGGGUCUGGACCGUCGACGUCUCGUCCGGCAUGGACUACUACGGCAAUAACAUGAACCGUCUCGGUGUUGCGUCUGCACACGAUCCUCGCGACUGGACCCAUCUGCUACUUCCUCCUCCGGGAAGCAAAGCAGAAGGCAGCAUCGCCACUCUCGAUCGUCCCGCUUUCACCCCGGCACCCAUGACGCCCGAAGAGCAGCAGAGACGGGUCGCGUUUGUGCUGUGGUCCAGCGGUACCACAGGUCAGAGCAAAGGUGUGCUGCUCAGUCACCGUGCGUUGGUGAGCAACACGAUGGGGGUGUGGGAUACCAACCCGCAAUUCAGCGGCACUUCGCGCGGUACCCAUGGGGGCGGAGAGAGGUGGAUCACUCUUGCUCCUUGGUACCACAUUUAUGGGUUGGCAACCGUGCUGCUCGCCACUAUCGCAUUUGGGACGACGCUCAUCAUCCCGGCGUCGCCCAAAUUCGAACUGGGCUACUACCUCGGCCUCGUCACACGAUACCGCGCCACGUUCAGCCACAUUGCCCCCGCCGUUGCCGUCGCGCUCCGCUCGUGCCCGCAUCUCGACCCCGCCUCUCCGCUGAGCAAGGGCAUCGAUGUCUCGAGCGUCGCCGCCUUCCUCACUGGCGGUGCCCCCUUGCCCGUCGAAGUGGUGCGCAAAGUGUACGAGCGCACGGGCAAGUACGUCCAGCUCGGCUACGGCACCACCGAGACCUGCUCGACAUCGCAGACCGGUGGGUUGGGCCUCGAUGCCGAUGGCAACACUGUGCGCGACGAGCUCGGCAGUGCAGGAUUUCCGACGCCCAACACCGAGAUUCAGAUCCGAUCGUUGCCGGGCACGAGCGAGCAGCAAGCGCAGCAGCGCAGGCAGGAGAUCUGGGACAAAUCGCGCGAGGCCAGGGCGCGCGGUGAGCGUGCGCCUCGCGAUCCAGGCUUGGUGGGCGAGGUGCUCAUCCGUGCUCCUGCCGUCAUGUCGGGCUACUUUUCGGGACUCUCUUCCGAGACGCACUCUGCUCUCGAUAUCGAGCUGACUGCGGGAGCGUUCACCGAAGACGGCUGGUACAGGUCCGGCGACGAAGGCUGUCUCGACGCCAAUGGCCGGCUCUGGAUCACCGGUCGCACCAAGGAGCUCAUCAAGAUCAAAGGCUUCCAGGUGCCACCCGCCGAACUGGACGACCUGUUCGCCACGCACCCGGAGCUCGUUGAUGCCGCCGCCACGGGCUUCAUUCAAGACGCCUCGACGGGCGAAGAACAGGUGCUCCUGCUCGUCGUCCCCAAGGACAAGAACGUACUUUCGAAGGAACAGCAGAUGCACGAACUCGCGUCUCGACUGCACACGUGGGUCAGCGACAAAACGGCCUACUACAAGUGGCCCAGCAUCUACCUCUUCUCGUCGACCGCGCCCAGGAAUCCCACGGGCAAGCUGCUCAGGAAGGACAUUGCCGCCUGCAAAGGUCACCGUGUUCACAUUGUCAAGAAGUCUCGCAAGGCCAGUGCGGGUGAUGCGACGGCGGCCAAGUUGUAG